UGUUUGGGUUUGUGCCAUUAGACAGCUGGCAGCCCGUCUCUACAUGAGCAUGGAGCUGAAGCCACAGGGACCAAGAGAGCCAGGAGCUGGGAGCAGGCCAAGCCACAGGGAUUAGGCAACAGGCCCUGGGCUGGCAGGGAGCUGGAGGUCUUGAAUCGGGGGGGAGGAGGGGGAAGGUGGAGACUAGAGGGAGGCGGGCUUAUGCAAAUGAGCCACUAACUCUGUAAAAAACACAGCGUCCCCAAUAACAAGGGACAGUUCGUUACCAUGCCACGGGAGUGUACAGAGCAUGCGCGCUAUCUGUAGCUGCCUGUUCCCUUCCCCCCUUUGCGCACCGUAGCUGUCGGCGAGCGGAAGCGCGUGGCUAUGUUCUCACGUCCGGUGUGUGGGCGCGCGGGUUGAUUCGGUCUGUGUCCGGGUGACUUGGCUGCUGCCGCUGCUCCCAAAUGGCGGGGCUCAGUGCUAUGGAGAAGAAGUUGGCUGAGUUCAAGUGUAAUACAAAUGAAGCAAUUCAGCUGAAAUUAGUUCGUUUUCCUGAGGAUCUGGAAGAUGACAGCACAACAUUUAAUCCAGAGUACAGUCAUCAAGUGUUCGGGGAUGAUGAAGUUGCCUUCGGUUACAAGGGUCUGAAGAUCCUUUUGUACUACAAUGCUGGUAACCUGUCAACACUUUUCCGCAUCGAGUAUACAUCUAAAGUUAAUGAAAACUUUGACUGUGUGGAGGCAGAUGAUGUAGAAAGCAAAAUUAGAAAAAUCAUCCCUCCUGGGUUUUGCACAAGCACAGAUGACUUUGUGUCUUUGCUGGAAAAGGAGGUUAAUUUUAAGCCCUUUGGAACGUUACUACACACAUAUUCAGUUCAUAAUGAGGAAGCAGGAGAAGACAUAACGUAUCAGAUAUAUCAGGCUGACAUGACAUGUCCAGGCUUUCGAGAAUAUCAUGAAAGGCUUCAAACCUUCUUGAUGUGGUUUAUUGAAACUGCUAGCUUUAUUGACGUGGAUGAUGAAAGAUGGAACUACUUUCUAGUAUUUGAGAAGUAUAAUAAGGAUGGAGCUACGCUCUUUGCGACCGUAGGCUACAUGACAGUCUAUAAUUACUAUGUGUACCCAGACAAAACCCGGCCACGUGUAAGCCAGAUGCUGAUAUUGCCACCAUUCCAAGGAGAAGGCCAUGGUGCUCAGCUUUUUGAAACUGUACAUAGAUACUAUAUGUCUUCUCCAACGGUGCUUGAUAUAACAGCUGAAGAUCCAUCUGAAAACUAUGUGAAACUCAGAGACUUUGUACUUGUGAAGCUCUGCCAAGAUCUGCCUUGCUUUUCCUCAGAGAAGCUAAUGCAAGGAUUCAGUCAAGAAAUGGUGACAGAGGCUCAACAGAAACUGAAAAUAAAUAAGCAACACACAAGACGGGUUUAUGAAAUUCUCCGAUUGCGUGCAACAGACAUGGGUGAUCCAGAACAGUCCAGAGGCUAUAGGUUGGACAUCAAAAAAAGAUUGAUUGGCCCAUAUAAGAAAAAGCAAAGAGAACUUGCCAAGAUGAGAAGAUGUCUGAGACCAGAGGAGUUGACGAACCAGUUGAACCAAAUAGACCUAAAUAUGCAGCAUGAACAGUUAGAAGAGAGCUUCCAGCAACUUGUUUCAGAUUACCGAAGGGUCCUAGAACGACUUGCUCAAGCAUGAGAAUUCUACCUUUCUGUACAGGAAACUUGCAGAUUUCUAUACAUUGUGUUGUGAAGCACAUCCAUAAUUGCUACUUAAUUGCAAAAUCUCAUGUGACGUUUUAAUCACAUUUAAGAUGACUUUUUGUGUGUUUUUUUUUUUCUGUGCAUUUUGAAUAUUUUCUAUUUUUGUGCUGUAGAUUUAAAGAUGGUUGUAUUUAGGUUUUGGGGCACUUAUUGCUUAAAUAAACAAGAAUGUAGAUUCUGAGAUGCACUAUCA